UAAUGUCAAGCGCCAUGACGUCUCCACCUCUGCGUAUACGUGCCGGUCCACAUGCGUCACUGGCCCUGCGUAAAUCUGUUGACCAUCGAGGAGGACAUAUUUUGGCAUUGUCAUGGUUUCAUAUAUUUUUGGGAGCUUCUGACCAUUAGUAGCCCACGUUUAUCUUUUCCUCCGUUGAAUGAUCGUUCCCACCUCCAGCAGUGGGAACGCCGCUAUACGCACAGUGGGUGUGUCGUCAGGAUGUCCGUUAUCCGGGGGCUGGGAACUCUUAUAAAGCUGGGCCGCUAUCCAGUGGGCUGGCAAAAAGUUACGCUGGACUUAAGAAAGCUUCCCGUUGUGUGAUCGUAGCUGUUUUCAGGAAACCACCCAGUCUGUCCACCACUGGGUAUCCCUGCUGAAGCCUGAAGAGAUAGCAUACAACAUAUCCCCAGGCCUCAAGGAGAACUGCUCCCAUCACACUUUGAUUUACCUUUCUGCGGACUCCGGGACUCCCACAACAUGAAUCUAAUGUUUCUAUGUACAGGCCUACUAUUCGGAUGGUCCCACGGGGUGUUUGGAAAAGCUCCUGCAGAUAAAGGGCCGAAGGGGAAGUUCAGCGUGCCCGUACUGGACGUCAAAGAUGAUCAGCUGAUCCUGCCAGCCAAUCACACGCUGCGGCUGAACUGCAGGGGCCGCGGGGAGCUGGCGUGGCUCCUCCCCGAGGGGGCGCAGGGGCGCGUGCGGCUGGAGGGGUCGCGCUGCGGGCGGACGGGCCAGCACCACUGCAGCCGCCUGACGCUGAGCCCCGCCCUGCUGCAGGACACCGGCGCCUACCGCUGCCGCUACCGCAACCGCACCCGCCGCCACAGCACCAUCUACGUCUACGUCACAGAUAGCCGGCAGCCAUUUGUAAAAGGCCUGGGCGGCCCGGACGUGCUCUUCAUGACGGUGGGCCGGCCCCUGCUCAUCCCCUGUCGUGUCACCCACCCCAACGUCACCGUCUCUUUAGCCAAGUACGGUGAGAAGAAGCAGGUGAGGCCCGACCAGACCAACAUCCUGUGGAACAGCCGGCGGGGGUUCACCAUCCGCCGGCCCACCUACUACUACAUCGGCCUCUUCUACUGCCAGGCCCUGGUGGAAGGCGUGGCCCACUUAUCCUACCGAUACUUUAUCUACAGACCAGUGUCCAACAUCAAGGAGGCCUACCUGAACACCAGCGGCCCUGUGAAGGCCCUGAAGGGAGAGCGCUUCGUCCUGAACUGCACCGCCAUCGGAGAGCUCAACACCAGGGUCAACAUCACCUGGGAGUACCCGGGCAUGAACAACAGCAGCAGCUCCAUCAGGAAGCGCAUCGUGAAGUACCAGGACUACGUGCUGUUCUACAGUCUGCUGACCCUGCCGCGGCUGAAGAGGUCCGACCGGGGGCGCUACACCUGCAGGGUCAGCAGCGGCACCAAGGCCAAGCGGCCCGCCGUCAGCCUCAUGGUCUACGAUCGACCGUUCAUCCGCCUGAAGGCCAGGAAUGGCUCGGUCCUGCAGGCCAACGUCGGGCAGAAGUCCUAUCGCCUCACCCCCAAACUCCGAGCCUUUCCCCCCCCUCAGUUCAUAUGGUUGAAGGACGGGAUGGUCGCCGCCGAGCGCUGCUCCCGUUACCGUGUCAACCAGAGUUCCCUGGUGAUCCGGGACGUGGCAGAGGAGGAUGCUGGGGAAUACACCCUUCUGGUGGGGAACCAGGAGCACGGCCUGUUCCGGAACCUCACGCUCACACUAGUGGUGAACGUGAGGCCUCAGAUAGCGGAGAAGGCGGUGACAUCACUGGACCCCGCCCCCGUCCCGCGCGGGAGCAGGCAAGCCCUGCACUGUACGUCCAAGGGAGUCCCCUCGCCCCACGUCCAGUGGCAGUGGCACCCCUGCCCUGCGGACGGCCUGUGUGUAUGUCCGCCGAGGUCCUCUCUGUGGACCCCCGUGGGAGUGAGUGUCCCCAGCACAUCCACCCAGAAGAACAUGUUCCUGCGUGUCGCACACAGACAGGAAGUGCUCCAAGGGAAGAACCGGACAGUAGGGGUGCUGACAGUGGCUGAGGCGUUCGUCUCUGGAGUGUUUCGCUGUGUCGCCUUGAACGCUGUGGGCUCGGACACGCUGGACUUCCCCUUCUAUGUGACAGAUGUACCAGGGGGCUUCAGUGUGAAACAGGGGGAGGAGCCUAGAGAGGGCGGAGACCUCACACUCACCUGCACGGCCAACAAGUAUCUGUACUUGGCGUUGUCAUGGCACCGCCUGAGUGACGCUCUGAGUGGCCACUCGCAGCAGAGCCCCGCCCUGAGCGGAAGCACGCUCACGUCCGGCGAGUUCUCCCGCUCUCUGACCUUGUCGCUCAGCAACCUGACGGCUGGCGACUCAGGACGCUACGGAUGCACCGCCCGUCACCUGGCCACCGGGCGGAGGACGCAGCUGGUGACGCAAGUGGUGGUCGCAGUCCUGCAGCCUCCAUUGUUGCUCCAGAACCGGACAGACUACAGGGUCAACACCAGCAGCUCGGUGACCCUCAGCUGCCCCGCCCGUGGCAUUCCACCCCCCAAUUUGACCUGGUACAAAAACAAACGCAACCUUGCACAGGGAUCAGAAGUCGGGUCUUUACACAUUGAUCGAAUCACAACGGAGGACCAAGGCCUGUACACAUGCCGGGCAACCAAUGAGAGGGGAUCUGCCGAGAGUUCUGCCUACAUAUGGGCACCUUGGAGGCGGUCAUCGCUGGAGAUCCCCACUCUCACGUGUAUCUGCGUGGUGGCCACCAUACUCUGGCUGAUGAUCACACUCUUCAUACGCAAGCUCAGACAGGUAGAGAAACUCGACUACCCAUCCGCUACUAAACCAGAGUAUCUGUCAAUCAUCCUGGGCACGGGAGGGGGACCAAUGGCGGAGCAGAGUGAGAGGCUGCAGUACGACCCCAGCCGAUGGGAGUUCCCCAGGGAGGCAUCUCAAGCUAGGUAUGGUUUCUUAAUCACGGAGGAGCAAACCCAGACCACAUUUACCGAACUCAAGAUCCUGAGCCUCAUAGGACAUCACCUGAACGUGGUCAACCUACUGGGGGCCUGCACCAACCCCACAGGUGUGUGUUUGUGUGUGUGCGUGUCUCCUGGACGCCCCAGCCGGCCUGCCCUCCUCCCCAAGGACCAGGCCGGGCCCGGGGCAGGGCAGGGGUCAGGCGCUGGCCCCGGGACCCGGAGCAGAGGCUCAUCUUCAGGGCCGGGAAAGCAGCCUGACCAGGCAGAGUGCUGCAGCUCCCCCCUGCUGCUGGAGGACCUCAUCUCCUUCAGCUUCCAGGUGGCCCGUGGCAUGGAAUUCCUCUCCUCCCGCAAGUGUAUCCACAGAGACCUAGCGGCCAGGAACGUCCUGCUGUCUGAGGACCAGGUGGUGAAGAUCUGUGACUUCGGCCUGGCCCGGGAACUCUACCGAGACCCCCAUUACGUCCGCACGGGGGACGCGCGCCUCCCUCUUAAGUGGAUGUCCCCUGAGGCCAUCUUCGACAAAGUGUUCACCGCCCAGAGCGACGUGUGGUCCUACGGGGUCCUGCUGUGGGAGAUCUUCUCUCUGGGAGCGGCUCCGUACCCCGGUCUCCACAUCGAUGAGGAGUUCUGCCACCGGCUGAAGGCGGGGACGCGCAUGCGGGCGCCAGACUACAGCACCCCUGACAUUUACAGCACCAUGCUGACAUGCUGGGAGGCUAACCCAACAGACCGACCAACAUUCACAGACCUAGUGGGAACACUUGGAGACCUGCUACAGGCAAGGGUUCAGGAGGACGGUAAGGACUACAUUCCCCUCGGGAGCUUCGCCCGUGGAGACGGGGUCGUCAGCCAGGCGGAGAGGCUUCUGACCAACCAGCCGCUACACGCAGUCACCAACCUCAGUUACAUGAGGAAUAUGGCGCUACUUCAGACCUUCGAAGAGCUACCUUACAAGGAACCAACAAGUCCUGAUGAGGAGCAGGGGGACAGCGGCAUGGUUCUCCCCUCAGAGGAGCUCCAAAGUCUGGCUUGGAGCCCCGUGAAGAGCCAGGAACACAGCAGGUUCUUCACCUACUCCAAGUUCCCAGGGCGUCGGGUGCCAGGGGACCCGAGACGUGACAUCACGGGUCGCCAUGACAAUGAGCCAUCAGUCCUGCCGUGCGAUAGGGCGCCUGAGGAGGAAGAGGAGGAGGAAGAGGAGGAGGAGAUGGAGGGCGACCCUCCACCAGACUACCACUCGGUGUUCCUCUACCCUUCUGCCUAGCAUCCCCAGGUGUCUGAAGGAGGUCCUCAGCCUUGUUAAAACACGUCUUCUCUUCAAACUCUUCACAUCGAUACCUUCCUUUCAAUUUAGCGCCGCUGCAGUGAAAUUGAAAUGUAAAAAGUGAAAAUUGAAAUAAGUGGAUGUAAUCUUUUGUUUGGUCUAUUGUUCCCUAUAUUAUACGAUUCUGUUUUUAUGUAACACCAUGUUCAAACUUUUAUUUUAUUACAUAGUAUCUUUGUUUUUUUUGCGUUUCUUUGCCUACCUCAUUAUCUACCCUCUUAAAGUUCCUACACAAAAUGUAAACACGACUUUUCAAUUUGUAAAACCUUGACAAAAAGAAAAAGUCUAUGGUAGAAAUACACAAAGCUUUGAGGGCAGAUAUAGAAAGUAAUAUAAAUAGCGGUUUCUUUCAUACCACCAGUGCUCAAAUGCUAGCGCAUUAUAUUUACACUGAACUUUAUCCUGAUGCUACAACAAGGCACUCAACCAACCCUUUCCAAGAGCAGCCAAUAGACUACUGUACUGUACUUGGCGUGUUUCACUGGACACUACAGAGCACCACAUUAUUGCUAUAUAGCACUCUUUAUUUAGCACACCAAUUCCUGGACUAGCUACUUCUUGUUAUUUAGCAGACUUGUAUGCUAGUGUUAUAUUUACUUCACUGGUACCUAUACUACUUAAGUAGUUUGUAUGAAAUAGUUUGUAGGCUUCAUCUAUAUCCAUAUGCUGGAAGAAAUUAAAUCCUACAUAAAAUAUAUGUAGGAGAGUUAGUUAUGAAUACAAUACAUAAAUGUUUUGUACACAUGAAUGCAUUUUAAUAUGCAAUGUUCAGUUGAGUUAUUAAUUAAAUUGACAAAUACAGUAUAAUAAAAUCUGUGUUCAGCAUUUGAUUGAGUGUUAUGUUUUUGUGCAUGAAACAGCCCUCUAACUUCAGACAUCUACCUGGGGGCCUCCUCCAGGCUCCUUGAGGACGGCCAUAGAAUCAUCCUGCUCACUUUAUUCUGGACUUCAAUUCUGUUCUCCAAACCAAAUAUCACUCAUUUACCUCACACAAGAACCAUUUCCUUAGCGAUUACAUUCAUGCAGCUCUUUAGGCAAGGUUGACAUUCUCUUAACAACCAAAAGGCAACAGACUGAUCAAAUGCUGGGACCUAAACUUAACAAAGUGGUCUAGUCACGUGUUGUGGGGAGUGGCUGUGGAGGGAAGGCAUUUCUUGGUUGGAUUAUUUUAAAAUGGCAGACUUCUCCAACCUGCCUGGCAUUAAAAGAAAGUAGAGGCAAGGCUUCUAGCUCAAGCAUGCUUAGAAUCUAUUACAUGUUUUCCACAUGACAAUUUAGAAGUCCACCCUGGGGAUCAGUUUUUGGUAUUCUUUAUUAAAAUACUGCUGUACACACAAAUAUUGCAAAAUUUGAAACAAUGAACAAAAGAGGGGAAACAAAAUAACGAUACUUUGAUGGUGAUUGUAGGCGUGUGGGACUUGACCGAAGGUAACCACACAUUUCUGCUGGAGUGUUGUGACGUGGAAGAGGUGUGUGUGUGUGUAUGUGUGUGUGUUGUGACGUGGAAGAGGUGUGUGUGUUCUAGAGCACCACAUUCACAAAAAUAUUUAUUUUGUUGAGUAAUUUCACUAAAACCGAGGAAGAAUUACAUGAUCCAACAAUGCCGACUCCACAGGUUGUCUGUAAGCACGGUUCUUUCCCUUCAUUAAAGUCUCUCAAAAGCGGCGGGAAAACACAACCAAUGACCUUGAAGAAAGGCCUUUUACCGGUUGUCUCUUGAUUUAAAACGGAAGAGAAAGACCUUCCCAGUAGUCCUUUUCUAAGACCUUCACUCAACUUAAAGCGGUAGAGGGUGCAGAGAAAGCAGGAGAUGUUAAACAUGGUUGGAUUGGAAGGAGAAACGUCUUCCCAGUCCAGUGGACCGUCUUGAGGUAUAAACCCAUAAUGUUUUACCUUACCAACAAGAUUCUUUCAGUCAGAGGGAGAAAAAUUAAAUCGGAACCAACUCAUGGCCCUCUACUCCCGUGGAACUGUGCUUAAAGACAACAUGGUGUCCAAACCGCCUCCACCUCGGACAGCCUCUUCACUUACACACCAAGAGGUCCCGCCCUCUCCACUGGAGCUCGCCUGACUGGAGCAAAACAAAAGGGCGACCAGUGACGGCCAAACACAUUCAGUCACUGGUCCCCUCCAGCUGUCAAUCAUCCUGAGAAAAACCAAAGCCAUCAGAGUGAGGGUCAAGAUCUCAUCACAUGGAGGCCCCUCCCACCUGACAGAUGGGUCACCAUGGGGACAGGCAGCCCCGAAUAAGGAGGUUUGGGGGGGGUGUUACCAUACAGUCUCCAGCAGUUUUUACCUCAUGAUCAUUAAAAAGUCCAAAUAAAACGUAAUCGUUGGCGUCCCCUUUUUAUCCUUUCAUCAUCCACCCCACCCCCCAUGUCCACAGCCCCUCCCCUCGCAGGAAUUGGUCCACAGAAUCAACAGUUGUUUACUGGAAGGGGGAGGGGCCACCAAGACAUUUGCACUCCUACUCUCCCCAAUCCCAGUACAACAGUUGAGCAAAAAGAGGGGGAAUUUACCAAAAAUAAAAUCCUCGUCCUCAAAAAGCAGGAGAGGACCCGGAAUGCCCCGGAAGAGGAAAGGAAUACUUGUGUCGCGAUACAAAAAAAAAAAAUACAAAAUGGCUGCAGGAGAGGAGAGGGAAGAGGAGGUAGAGGAGAGAGAGAUGGGGGAAGGCAAGGGGAGGACGAACGGAACCAUGGGGAGGCGGUCUGGUGGACGCCUCCAGAGACGCACACACACACACACACACACACACACACACACACACACACACACACACACACACACACACACACACACACACACACACACACACACACACACACACACACACACACACACACA